AUGGAUCUGGAGAAGCAGCUGGAUGCUACAAAUCCACUGUUUGAGCACCAACCUUUUACUGUAACCUGGAACAUCCCUGAUGUUGUGUGCAAAAAGUUUAAUAUCUCACUGGACACCUCGCCAUUUAAAGGAGUGGCCACGCCUGCUAAGAAUCUUAAGCACAAAGCUGACUCCAGCACUGAAAACAACCUGGAAACAUCAUGGUUUACCUGUUUAAGACAGAUACACAACUUGAUUUCCUUUUUCUUGUUCCUGCUGCAGGUUCCAGGCCAGUUUUUGUCUCUGUUCUACACAGACCGACUGGGUCUUUACCCUCACGUAGACCUCACAAGUCGAAGAAAGUUCCACGGCGGCAUCCCUCAGAGAAGUAACCUGAGAGCCAGCAUGAACAAGGCCAGAGCCGACAUUAACUACUACAUCCCAUCCAAGACCACCAGAGGCCUGGCCGUGAUCGACUGGGAGGAAUGGCGCCCCCUGUGGGACAGAAACUGGGGCACGAAGAGAAUCUACCAGAGUUUGUCGGUGGCUCAUGUUCUGCAGACAAACCGCUCUCUCACGGUACAAGAGGCUACAGAAAAAGCCAAGCAGCAGUUCCAGGAGGCGGCAAAGAGUUUCAUGUCAGGGAUGUUGGCAAUGGGCAGAGCAAUGAGACCCAACUACCUGUGGGGCUUCUACCUGUUUCCCAACUGCUAUAAUUAUGGCUGGCAUGAAGCCGACUACACCGGCCAGUGUUCCAAGGAGGUGAGGAGGCAGAACGAUGAGCUGCUCUGGCUGUGGGAAGCCAGCACUGCCCUUUACCCCUCUGUGUACCUGCAGGAAUCUUUAGCAGACGACCCCAAAGCUGCCCUGAUGGUGAGGAACCGAGUCCAGGAAGCUUUGAGGGUGUCGGCCCUGCCCGGUCGGAGCGCCACCACACCUGUGUUUGUUUACAUGCGACCUGUCUUUGCUGACCAGAACAGACGUUUCCUCAGCCAGGUGGAUCUGGUCAGCACCAUCGGGGAGAGUGCAGCAGUUGGAGCUUCUGGUGCCGUGUUGUGGGGGGCCAGUGCUGACUAUGACGACCAGGCUUCCUGUAAAGCCCUCUCCUCCUACCUCACCUCCACCCUCAACCCUUACAUCACCAACGUCACGGCGGCCGCUCAGCUCUGCAGCAACUUCCUGUGUCGGGGGAAUGGCCGCUGCGUCCGAAAAAGCUACAAGUCCAAUCACUACCUCCACCUCAACGCUGAGAACUUCAGGGUGGUGCGUAUUCAGAGCCGCUACCUCGUUGUAGGGUGGCCCACCUUCGCCGACCUGAAAACUUUGAGCAGGAGGUUUACCUGUCGCUGCUACAAAGGACUGAGCUGCAGUCCCAGGACGCACAGAGAGCUCACCAAGGCCCUGAUGUUUAGUCUGAAGCAAGGACUGUACAAAAAGUCACGCACUUUGAUUAAAAAUGCAUGAGAUGACACACAGCAGACCAGUAUUACUAAAGAUAAUGUUAAAAAGAAGUUUAAUGUUUAGAUAAUAGUUGAAAAGGUGGUUUCAAGCUACAACCCAGCUCAGUCUAGUAUCCAUCCUGGUCCUAAGGGCAGAUUUCUGUCUUGUUGCAACAAUAAAUGCCCCUUAAUGAUAAUUCUUUUUAUGAGCAAAUCUUGACUGAUUAUCAUUUGUCAACCUUUCUCUUAUAUUCCUGCCUUCCAUCACACAUACAUGUCGUUAUUCAGGUGCAAAAACUACUCUCCCAGCUGUGCCUCAUGUACUAAUAAUAAACCAACGACCACUGACAGAAUCUACUAAAGACAAACACUACGCCAUAUCUGAGACGUAUCACCUGUCUGUGACAAUAUUCGCCGUCUCGAUUUGUAUGUAAUUUGACUACUUAUGUAAAUAAAUGAGAGGCUGCAGCUGUGUUUUUGUUUCUGUUGCUCUGGGAUGACCCGAGUGGAUGAAGAGCUCUGCAAAAAUAAACAUGACAUCCUAACAUUUUAAUAUUCAGUCCUGAAAUGUGAUUCAGCAAAUUAAUAUAGAGCGGUACCUUAUUUACUCGAUUUAUUUAGUUCUAAGCCAUACUAAAGUGCUGCUGUUAGCACAAUAAAGAAAAAGCUCACUCUUUGGUACACUCACAUUGGUGUUUUCACUUAUAUUGCCUA